UGCUAGGAAAAUGUGUGGGCUAUAUAAUGGGAUGGAUUAGACUAGAAGUUCUCACUGCAAGUAAGUUCUGUACAGAGGCACAGUGAAGGGGACACUUUCUCUCAACAUGAUAAUUGCUACAACCGCCAUGGGCUCACUGAAGUCACCUGGACUGUCCCUUCUGCUGUUGUCUUUUCUUCUUUACAUAGCUGAUUCCUAUCCCAACAUUGACUUAUCAAACAUGGGCUGUGAAGAAUGCACGUUGAGAAAGAACAAUCUUUUCUCAAAGGAACGUCUGGUUUACCAGUGCAUGGGCUGCUGCUUCUCCAGAGCGUACCCGACACCUCUCAGAGCCAUGAAGACAAUGAAUAUCCCAAAAAACAUCACCUCAGAGGCGACGUGCUGCGUCGCAAGGCACAGCCACGAGAUCCCGAUAGCUGGCAUUUUGGUGAAAAACCACACAGACUGCCAUUGCAGCACCUGUUACUUUCAUAAGAUAUGACAGAUGGGGACUGGGGACCACUCUGCAUCCUUCGGCUUGGCAACAUGUUGUGUUUCUUUUAAUACGCACACGCUUUACUCUGUUUUAAAAUGCAUGUGUUUGUGUUUCCAGAAUAUAUUUCACAGUAAUUCUGUGGCUGUGAUGUUUCUUUAACCUACGUUUUUUUUUUUUGCCUUAUUUGUAUUUGAAAAAUUGUGGAUUUGAAAAACGAUUAAAAUGUGCAACAAGA